CGUGCAGCAGGUCGAGUGGCGAGCACACAAGUGACAUGGACAUUCACACAGCAGGCCUCUUUCUAUUGUGCAUCUACGUCGUCACGGGGGAAAGAUCUUUCUGGGUCAAUACAAAUGAAAGCACCGCCCAUGAGUUAUAUAAAACUGAGACCCCCCUUUCCUGGUGGGACGCAGCAAAUCACGGGUGUGCCAAAUCCGAUGGACAUCUUUUUGUUCCCCAGAGCGAGAGUCUUGGAGAUCGUGUGAAAAACUUAAUAGAUGAGAACAAGGAGUAUUGGGUUGGUGGAUUCCAAUACUCGUACUUGAAAUGGACGGGGGACAACACAAGGUACCACACGAGAGUCGGUUACUUGUCCGCUGUUUUUGUGACCCUUGUCACACCUGUCACAUUACGGCACAAUUCUGCAUCAAGUUGCGGUUCAAAGUGUGGAACCAAUCAUCGACUAUAUGGACUUAAGGGAACAUCCUGUUACUGUCUUGGUAACAGUUGGAUUAGCGGAAUUGCUGUAGGACACAGAACGACAGAGAUCCAGUGUCCUGGUAACUACGAUCGGUGUGGUGAUCAUUUGGUUAUGACUGUAUACAGAAAAGAUGACUACAGAAGGUACCACACUAGAGUCGGUUACAUGUACGCUGGUGUUUUGACCCCUGUCACAUUACAGGACAAUUCUGCAUUUAGUUGCGAUUUAAGAUGUGGGAACAAUCAUCGACUGUAUGGACUUAAGGGAACAUCCUGUUACUGUCUUGGCCUUUACUCACGGUCGUACAACAUUACUGUAAGCCACAGUGCGACAGACAUCCGAUGUCCAGGCGAUUACAACGAGCGGUGUGGUAACGAUAUAGUUAUGACUGUGUACAAGAAAGGUGACAUAUACGUACCUCUGUCAACGAAUGGAGCGUGCGGUUAUGUAGAAAGGUAUUGGGAUUACAACUGGAGACAAUGGUACCCUACAUAUCACCUCGAUAACAACUGUGGCCACAAGAGACCAUACGCAUGCGCAGACAAAGGUUGCGAUGGAAAACCGUGUGUGAGGACACCAGCAAAAACAUGGGAAGCAGCACAAAAGGACUGUAGACUGGCAAAACCUACUAUCUCAAGCAACUGGUAUAAUCUAUAUCAAAUAUCUGAUCGUCAAUGCUGGAUUGGGUUGUAUCGAUCCAUCGAAGGAAAGUUUAUUAACGGGAAAACAAUUGAAAACAACGUCAACAUGUAUUACUCAGACCAACGGUGCCUUGGUGUGUUAAGAACUGGUAACUCCUUGCACUUCAAUUGGUACGACUGUCAUCUUUCGUAUCCAGCUAUUUGCAACCCAGUGAAACGCGAAUCAACGCCAUUGAUAUGGGGAUAUACUUCUGCGAUACACUCAUCUACACAAGUGGUAGGUGCAUCGACAAAAAUGACACAGGCGACACAACCUUCUUUAUCUGUGUUUCUAACAUCGCCAAUGGAACCACCUGCCACAACCCAGAAGGACCUGUUACCAACGGACUCUUCAGAAUCAUCUGUUGAACGUACUACCUCUCAUCCAGUAGACAGUUUUGUAAAUCAAGGAACAGACUCUGUAGAAGAUCACCCAUCUGGAUUUACAGUGAUGCACAUUGUGGGUGCGGCGAGUGUCCUGGCUGUGGGGAUUGUUAUCGCCCUGGUGCUUGUACUCUUGAAAAGACAAAGACGUUAUUGUUUCAAGAUAGAAGACGAGAGAGAAGAUGGUGUCCAUUAUGACAGAGCUAGAGAAAACCUCUCUUACUCUCUUUGUGGUCCAGUGUCACAAGGUGCUACAAGUGAGGAUGCACAUGUUUGUCCGGUGCAAACUGAAAGUACAAGCCCAAGGUCAACAAGGAUGUCAAGGGUUCCCAUUCAAAAUCGUGUCAGCAACAACGGUUUCAAACAGGAAGAAAGUUUUUACAACGUUCCGGAUGAAAAAUCGCCAGGACAACCUACACAAAUUGGACAAAUAAUUCAAAUCAAUGACACAGCUGCAAGUCCUCAAAACAAAGGUUUUGAGGAUGACGGUCAAUACAACGUCUUACAUGGGGGAGGGUUGGCAAGUGAUAGUAAAUCUGGAUUGUAUGCCCACAUUGGACCAAGCGGCGGGGAGGUGGAGUAUGAUACAACACGACAUGCCCAAAAUAUAGGACGAUUCGACGAUACCUACAACCACAUUGGUCUGAGCAAGAAACCUGACGUUGAUGACGAAGAUCAAUAUAAUGUAUUAAGCCUUAAGAGUCCCAACUGGGCAGCUAAUGCAAGUACUGGAGUGUAUGACCAUACAACACCUACUGCAGACCAACGGAGCAUGGCCUCAACGGUACAAGGACAGAGUCAGCACGUCUCAGAUGACAUUUACAGUCACAUAGACAGAGCAAGCAGGGGGCCAAAGAAAGAGGAACACGAUGUAAACACGGAGGGAAAGGAAGGCAACGGUGAUGACGCCCAGAACCUCAACGGUAAAGCCGACGUUGGCUGUUGCAGUGCAGAUGUUUCAGAUGGUGCUGGUACAGAACAUGUGUAUGGUAACACAGGGGAGAUAAUCGGUCCCUACAAUAAAGCGCCGUGUGUCGAGGAUGAAGCAAACUAUUAUAACAUUGACUCAAUACGAGAGUCCAAAUUGGACGAAACAUUAACGGGAGGCGAGGGAGACACUGUAUAUAGUCUUGCGCGUGGAAUCUCUGAUAAGUAAAAUAACCACGGUCUUGUAAUUCAUACAAACUGCAUAUUAUGCAAAUUGAGAUGCCGAUUUAAAGUGAUAUGUAUAUAAACUUAAACAUUAUUGCAAAUAUGAAAUAUGCAUGGUAAAUAUUUCAAUUUAC